AUGGCAACCAGCGAUGCAAGUAUCGUAGAUGACACUUCCACGUAUUCGUCUUCAGACUACAGUCUCCUUGGCGCAUUCUCGCACCCUGCACACAUCGAGAUUUUCAUAUCUACCAUUGUAUGGCUCAUGUGCUUUUUGGCGGUGUCUGGUAAUCUUCUGAUCUUCGUAGUGAUUCUGAGAGACAAGCAGCUGAGGUCUAAUGUAGCCAAUAUGUACAUUCUGAACCUUGCCAGCGCAGACUUGUGUGUUGGGAUCAAUUCUCUGACAAUUAAAAAUAUUUGGCGAUAUACCGGUAACUGGCCCUUUCAGCGAGCCGUGUGCACCUUCUGGACUAUCAUGGAUUAUUCGGCGUGUAUGCAGGGCGCCUUCGCAGUGACACUCAUCAGUCUUGAUCGUUAUUUCAUGGUGACCAAAUUCCUGGAGUAUCGGAAGUAUCAGAGCAAGAAACUUACCUGUUGCCUCAUAACGGGUACAUGGACGCUGGCGUUGCUAGUCAAUGCUUUACCAGUUUUAGGCAAUGAUCUUUGGCCCAAUGCUAGAGCCUUUGGUGAGGUUAAUUACUCAGUCAUCUGCGAUUUCGGCGUGCUGUACAUUCUUUCUUUUCAUAUUAUCCAGAUAGUUGUAGGGUUCUUUGUACCAGCAAUCAUCUUAGCCUACUUGAAUUGCAAAGUGUAUGCGAACAUCCUGAAGCGCUCUAAAGGCUUGGUUCGUACGGCAGUUUCUCCAAUGCAGCUAGACACAAUCCACCCACCGGCAGAGCCCGGUGCUAAAAACGAGCCACACGUCCACAGCACCGACCAAUCAUCCCAAGAUACCAAAAGGUCCUACAAAAAUUCACGGAAGUCCGCUAUCACGCUGGCCCUUAUCGUGGGAGUGUUUUUCAUAUGUUGGACCCCUUAUUACGUCUUGCAGUUCAUGUUGGUGGCGAUGGGGAUAGAUUGUAGCUGGCUGUUAUGGAAUGGUGUCUCCUACACUGUGUGGGUCAACUCAGCGAUCAACCCGUUCAUCUAUGCUGCCACUAGUCCAAGGAUCAGGCGGGGUAUUAUCAAAACCCUCUGCUUUUGGAACCACCGGCUCCGAAGAAAAAUUCGCCCGUUGCACUGAUUUCAAUCACUACCACAGGGACGACGGUUUUGCUAAAUCAAUCGUGUUCAUCCAAACUUUACAUAAUGUUCAGUUAUACCAAUGUUCAAUGUACAUAU